GUAGUGAUAGAUAAACACAAACAGACGUCCCCAUGGAUUUAGCUGUCUUGAUUAGCUAUGCUAACUUAGAUUCUCUCAUUUGUUGAUUAGGUGUUUCUGCGACUCCUCCCCUCUCCUUCACAAGCUUUUUAUUGGCUCCAGGUCCUUUGAGCGUGCACCCGCCUCUUCCCACAAACACAUCAUUGCCUCUCUGUGCUCCAGUGAGAGAGAGAGAGACAGAGAGGAUGAGAAAGAGGAGAGGGAGAGAGAGAAGGGGGGUGGUCGAGGGAGGGAGGAAAGGAAAGAGGGAAAGGGAGGGAGGGGGGAAUAGCUGUGGAAAGCAGAGGCUGUGUGCUGUCUGGCUGGUGACAAGGGCAGGCAGGCAGAGAGAGAAGAGGAAGAUGCAGAGAGCAAGCGAGGUCCUCCAGCACAAUGUUGAUCAGCAUGGGCACUUUCAAAAGGCAUCUCGCAGAGGGAUUUGAGGGAUUCCUUUGCUCAAGGGCAGACUACUGAGCUGACACUUGCGAAGUUUCUCAUCCGCAAGAAUGCACGUUCGCUUCGUGCACCAGGGGGCUUGAUGCUGGAGUCUGCCAUCCGCGUGGUGGAAACCUCAGAUCAGGAGGCGUGAUGGACGGACUCUCUGUAGGGAACCUGGGAUCACUCUCUUUGGACUUACUCUAAGCUCCUCUUGCUGAUCCAUGUGUCAGGUAGACUUCUUGCUUGUGUUCCUUUUACUCUCUCCUGCUUGUCUGUCAACGUCUUCUACACAUUCUGGCAUAUGGCUGCGAAUGGCAUGCCUUAGUCUGAAGGCAACAGCGGGAUGUCAUUUUCCUCUCUAUCAGAGUAAAUGGUAUUCACUACCUUUUGGUAUCAAUGUCAUCUUGUACUCUGCCUUAAAGACAAAUCUGUUGGCUGGAAGGUUAGGAAGGUUUUGUUUAAUGAAAUUCAAGUAAUAAUUUGCUUUGUUGCAACAGCCAGUGCACUCACAAGCCUUAGGACUGGAAUAUGAUUCCAGUCACAUGGAGAUGAAUGAGAUAUUUGAGGUUUAGAGACAUGUGGGAGACUAACGGGUGAGAUCAGUGGGCACAAAGGACACUGGUAACAAUUUGGUCCACGCCAGGGAAACAGUCGUCUCUUGUCCGCUAAAGCUCAUCUGAAUUUUCUUUGCGCUUGCGGUCAUAACAAAGGACAUUCUGCAGAUCAGAUUAAUCUAUGUCUGUGUCUGUCUGCCUGCCACACUUGGAACUCAUGGAGCGAACUGGCAUAUCGCAUCAUAGAACCACUUACCUCAUCUCACUCACCCUGGUGAAGGUGGAGACGGCUGAGGACCAUGGGACGGAAAAGGCCAGGCAAAGUGUGGAGGGGGAGACGAGUCAAGCUGCAGGAAAACAGCCACCUCCAAAGACAGACUCGAGCAACGGGGUUCAGCAUCCACAGAAACAAGAAGAGGUCACUGAGCCAGAGGCCAAGAAAGAUGUCCAGCUCAAAGCAAAGCAGGAAAUACUUCCAAGCCCCAAGGACCAUAAAGCACUUCUUACAGAUGGUGCUCACCCCAGUGACAGGCAAAAAUCAAUAACUUCAUCUGCAACUGAAAACGGCGGGGUAAGAGAAGCCACAGGAGCAGCUCAAACAUCUACAGCCAAGGAAGUAGUUGAACUAACCCAACCCCCAGCCACGAGCAAUGUCCCAGGACGUGUUAGCAAGAGGCCUAUGUCCCUUCUGAAGGCACAUAGCGGUGCCCUCAGUAGUCGUGAACUGAGAGAGGCCAGAGACAGCAUGCAUGCCUCCUCCAAGAGCCUGGACCGUAAAGACAGCAGGUCCGGAAUCCAGUCCCCAGCCAGCCCUGCUCCCGGUUCCUUCAGGGCAUCUUGGGCUGUGUGUGAGGUCAAGCCCAAUCAAGAUGAUCUGAAAGGAGGCACUGGGACUAAAGCAUCUACAGAAGGGAUGAUAGCGAUGCGGACCCAGAGCCCAAGAGCAGAGAGACUGAAAGCAGGGUCUACAUCUCUUCCGGCUCCUGUCACCAUGGUGUCCAAGCCCCAGCGCAAGGGAAAGAGUCGCACCUUGGACAACAGUGAUUUGAACUGCUUGUCCGAGGACCUUCUGAAAGGAAAAGGUGGCCAAGUCACAUCAGACAUGAGGGCAGGUCAGUCGCAGGGAGCCACGACACGAGAUCGCAAAAUGCUCCGAUUUAUUAGCGGCAUUUUCACCAAGAGUACACAAGUCCCACCCAACACUGGCACAGUACCCCAAACUCCUGGCUUGUCCCAGAGGGAGUCCAGUGAGGAUGAAGCAUCGUGUGCCAACAGUCAGGAAUGGACCCUAAAUCGCUCUAUUCCAGAGCUGAGAUUGGGGGUGCUGGGUAGCUUGCGGAGCGGAAAAUCUGCUCUAGUAAACAGGUUCAUCACAGGAAGCUACCUUCCCCUGGAGUCACACGAGGGCGGGAGAUAUAAGAAGGAGGUGCUGGUGGAUGGACAGAGUCACUUGUUACUGAUUCGGGAGGAAACGGGCCCUCCUAGCCCACAGUUUAGCAACUGGGUUGAUGCCGUCAUCAUGGUGUUUAGCCUGGAAAAUGAAACCAGUUUUCAAGAAGUGUACAAAUGUUUCAGCGAACUUAGUGCCCACCGCAACACAGCGGACAUCGCCCUCACAGUAGUGGGUACACAAGAUAAGAUUAGCAGCACUAACGUCCGUGUGAUCGAGGAUAAGAGAGUGCAGCAGCUUUGUGCCGACGUGCGACGCUGUGCCUAUUAUGAGACCUGCGCCACUUAUGGACUGAACGUGGACCGAGUCUUCACUGAGGUAUCCCAGAAGAUAGUUGCAGCUAAGAAGCAAGCUGCUCUUCUGGCAUCAUGCAAGUCGCUUCCCAACUCCCCCAGCCACUCUGGAUCCUCCACGCCAGUGUCUGCUCCAUUCCCAGGACAGGCCAGUAAUGGGGGUCAGAGUAGUGAUUACUCCUCCUCUUUGCCCUCCACCCCUGUGAUAAGUCACAGAGAAAUACGGGGAGGGGCAGGGGGAGAGGGGGGCUCGCAGCGAAACGUUCCCCGCCGACGGACCUCCUUGUUCACGAACCGCCGGGGGAGUGACACUGAGAGGAGGACCCCAGACAGCAGACCUGAUGUGGGAAGCAGCAGAACAGUCAUUAUUAGACAGGGCACUUUAUGGAAGCGUAGUGAGCGCUCUUUGAACAAGGAGUGGAAGAAGAAGUUUGUCACUUUGUCCAACCAUGGCAUGCUGAUGUACCAUUCAAACAUCAAUGAGUACAAGCAGAACACUCAUGGUAAAGAGAUGGACCUUCUGCGUGUGACUGUGAAAGUACCAGGAAAGCGUCUGCCCCGGGCGGCACCUCCGACUGGCCCCGCCCCCGGGGUCAAUGGUCUUACAAAAGACAAGCCAGCAUCUGAAGGCGGGACCUCAUCAAAUCUGCUCACGGUAGAUGAGGGGGGCAGCACCAUGACAUUGCCUCAAGAUGAACAAAGGGUCAAACGCUGCCCGUCGUCUGUAUCCAAUAAGGGAGUGAGCAUGGACUCCAGCAUUGAAGGGGCUCUAGGCUCUCCUCUGGGAAAAGAGCUGACCCCAUCCUCCCCUAUGAGUGACAGGAAGAAGACCAAGAGGAAGAAGAGCAUGAAUGUGAAAGGAGACAUUGCAGCCAGCCAGGCUGACGCCAAGCGCAAAAUGUGGAAAUUGAAAAGCUUUGGUAGCUUGAGAAACAUUAACAGAACAGAGGAGGAGAGCGCAGACUUUAUCAUCAUAUCGAGCACGGGGCAGAGCUGGCACUUCGAAGCCCAGAAUCAGGAGGACAGAGAUGCCUGGGUGCAGGCCAUUGAGAGCCAAAUCCUCGCCUCUUUGCAACUGUGUGAAAGUAGAAAUAAGACUCGAAGGUGCAGCCAGAGUGAAGCUGUGGCAAUACAAGCCAUUCGCAAUGCCAAAGGCAAUGACCUGUGCGUGGACUGUGAGGCACCAAAUCCCACUUGGGCAAGUCUUAACUUGGGGGCACUCAUUUGCAUUGAGUGCUCAGGAAUCCAUCGGAACCUUGGGACACACCUGUCCCGAGUGCGCUCCCUGGACCUGGAUGACUGGCCCAGUGAGCUUACCAAGGUACUAACAGCUAUAGGCAACCACAUGGCUAACAGCGUCUGGGAAAGGUGUACACAAGGGCGCCAAAAGCCAACACCUGAAGCAACAAGAGAGCAGAGGGAGUCGUGGAUCCGGGCUAAAUAUGAGCAGAAGCUGUUCGUGGCGCCCUUGCCGACUCAGGGUGGGAGCCCAGGGGAGGUGACGUCAGCUCAGCUGCUCAGCGCCAUCACGGAGAGAGACCUUCCUAGACUCCUGCUGCUGUUGGCUCACAGCACCAAGGAGCAGCUCAACGCCCCGCCAGCAGGCUCCCCUCUGCAGCCUCAAAGCCCCUUACAUGCUGCCUGCCAACUGGGAGAGGUAGUCAUGACUCAGCUCCUAGUCUGGUAUGGCAGUGACGUGAAAGCAAAGAAUCCUCAAGGUCAAACCGCUCUAACGCUGGCACGGCAAGCUGGAAGCCAAGAGUGUAUUGAGAUCCUGGUUCAACAUGGCUGCCCCAACGAGACUUCACCGACCGCACCCACACCCAUUCUCUCUCGCAAAAGUAGCAUCACGAGUCUCGGACGCACCAACUCCAGGAGAAGGAUCACAUAACUUGGAAAACGUCAUGGACAGAUAAAUCUUCUUCCUUUCUGACAAAACUGGUCCAUUUUUAUUUCAUUUUGUUACAAAAGCUGUGUAUGUCUCUGUGGGUGUUCUUCUCUGUCCUCAUUCAUAAACAACCCAUCAGAUUCCUCCUCAGAAAAGGCAAAAAAUGUAAAAAAUGUCAUUGUAUGAAAUAAAAUUAGAAAUGUCUUUUUUGAAAUACAGAUACUGUUUCAGUCAGUUAAAGCAAUAUUAUACAUGCUAAUUAUACUGUAAUAUACCUAUUACAAAGUUAAAUGUAGCCUAGAGAGUUUCUCAAAGCAAUCUGAGGACAUGUACUCGUCAUUACUGUACGACUGUCAUAAAAAAAAAAACUGUUCCUUACAACAACCAACAACUGAAGGUGAAUUAUCAUGUUUAUAUGGGAAAGGAAUAGUAUUUGUCAUUGUGCAGCAUUUCUAAGUACUAGAAUUAAUAAACUUCAAUCUUUAAACCUU